UGUCAUCGUUUCCCAACCUUGCUGUCAACAAUAAACAUCGUGUUUUUGUAAUUGAAAAUUCAAUGAAUGCAAGUUAAUUUAGUGGAAUUAUGAGAGUUUAAUUGCAAAUAUGUUGCAGCAGAAAUAUCAACCGACUGACUAAGCAUAACCUAAAAAAUAUUUGAUGUGUUCUUGAGUUUUCCUGAUUUUCUUAUUUUUUGGAAAAAAGGAGACAGUUGCCAAUAAAAAUGUAUUCUAUUUGUAAAAAUACACAUCCUGCGACCGGCGUGGAACAUGCGAUAACGUGCAAUUUUUUUAAUCGUUCGGAAAAAUGUUUGGUUGUAGCCGGAGCAAAUAUUAUACGAGUUUUUCGAUUAAUUCCAGACAUCGACAGUACAAAGAGAGAAAAAUACACAGAUGCACGACCACCAAAAAUGAAACUAGAAUGUUUGGGACAAUUUACACUUCAUGGAAAUGUAAUGUCUAUACAAUCAGUUCGUCUAAUGGGAUCGUCGAGAGAUUCUCUUCUUCUAGGUUUUCGCGAUGCUAAACUUUCAGUUGUGGAAUAUGAUUUAGAAACACAUGAUUUACGAUCCGUUUCUUUGCAUUACUUUGAGGAAGAUGAAAUGCAGGAUGGAUGGACAAAUCAUCAUCAUGUUCCAAUAGUGAGAGUCGAUCCAGAAGGUAGAUGUGCAGUUAUGUUAAUUUAUGGACGAAAAUUAGUUGUUUUACCAUUUCGUAAAGAUCCAACUUUGGACGAUGCCGAAGCUGAGAUUACGAGAUCCAGUAAGGCUCCCAUUCUAUCUUCUUACAUGAUUAUUCUGAAGAAUUUAGAAGAAAAAAUGGAUAAUAUCAUUGAUCUUCAGUUUCUUUACGGAUAUUACGAACCUACUUUAUUAAUUUUAUACGAACCAGUUCGAACAUUCUCCGGACGUAUUGCAGUGAGACAAGACACUUGUGCAAUGGUCGCAAUAUCAUUAAAUAUUCAGCAGAAAGUUCAUCCCAUUAUUUGGUCAGUGUCAAAUUUACCAUUUGAUUGUUGUCAAGCAGUGCCUGUGAAAAAACCUCUUGGCGGAACAUUAAUAAUGGCUGUAAAUUCUUUAAUUUAUUUAAAUCAAAGUAUACCGCCCUAUGGAAUUUCAGUGAAUAGUAUAGCGGACACGAGUACAAAUUUUCCCCUCAAACCACAAGAAGGAGUGAAAAUAAGUUUAGAAGGAGCGCAAGUUGCCUUUAUAUCUACCGAUCGAUUGGUGAUGUCUUUAAAAAGCGGUGAAUUGUACGUUUUGUCACUUUUUGCUGAUAGUAUGCGAUCUGUGCGAGGUUUUCAUUUCGAUAAAGCAGCCGCUAGUGUUUUAACUUCCUGUGUUUGUCUGUGUGAAGAAAAUUACCUGUUUCUUGGCUCUCGCUUGGGAAAUUCAUUGCUCUUGAAAUUCACCGAAAAGGAAAAUGAGAAUACAUCGAGUAAUCGUAAUUCGGAUUUAUUCUUUACGGACAACACUGGCGAGACGCCGGCAAAAAAAGUGAAACAGGAUUUCUUGGGCGAUUGGAUGGCGUCCGAUGUCUUGGAUAUUAAAGAUCCUGAAGAAUUGGAAGUGUAUGGAAAUGAGACGCAAACGUCUAUUCAAAUCACGUCCUACAGUUUUGAAGUGUGUGACAGUUUAUUAAAUAUCGGCCCCUGUGGGAAUAUUUCAAUGGGUGAACCGGCAUUUUUAUCGGAAGAAUUUUCUCACACCCAGGAACCGGAUGUCGAAUUGGUUACAACAUCGGGUUACGGAAAAAACGGUGCACUUUGCGUUUUGCAAAGAUCUAUUCGUCCUCAGGUUGUCACUACAUUUGAACUUCCUGGCUGUGAAGACAUGUGGACAGUUAUCGGUGCGGUGAACGAGGAUCUUGAAAAAUCAGAAACAGACGGAGUACAUGCAUUUUUAAUUUUGAGUCACGAAGAUUCGACAAUGAUUCUUCGAACUGGACAGGAAAUUAAUGAGGUUGAUCAAAGUGGAUUUAGUACUCAAGGAACAACUGUUUUUGCUGGUAAUUUGGGAGGAAACAAGUACAUUAUUCAAGUUACACAAAAUGGUGUACGUUUGAUGAUUGGCACAGAGCAGAUUCAACAUAUGCCGAUGGAUUUUGGCUGUCCUAUUGUAUACGCAAGUUGCGCAGAUCCUUAUGUUGUUUUACUUACCGAAGAUGGACAAGUAAUUUUAUUAACACUUAAGGAACAGGUUGCAAGAGGGUCGGCACGAUUACAUGCUCAAUCUGCUGAUUUAUUAUACCGACCACAAAUAGAAGCAAUUUGUGCGUACAGAGACGUGAGUGGUCUUUUCACGACAAUUAUAGCUGAAGAUAAUGACGAAGAUUCGUCGGAAAAAGAUAAACGUGUCGAUGAGCCCACAAUGGUGGAAACAAUUGAUAAUGAGGAUGAUUUACUUUAUGGUGAUGUACCUGCUUUCCAGAUGCCAAUAGUUACACAACCUAAAACAACUGAAGCAACUUCUAAAAAAGCACCAUGGUGGCAGAAAUUUCUUCAGGAACUUAAACCUACUUAUUGGUUACUUGUAUAUAGAGAUAGUGGAACUUUGGAAAUUUAUUCUCUACCAGAUUUACGUUUAUCGUAUUUAAUAAAAAAUUUCGGUUUUGGACAGCAAGUUCUGCACGAUAGUAUGGAAUCGACUACAGUUACACCAGCGCAUGUUAAUGAGAUUCCCAAUCCGCAAAUUCAGGUUCGAGAGAUUUUAAUGGUCGCUUUAGGUCAUCACGGAAAUAGGCCAAUGCUUCUACUGCGAUUAGAUAAUGAAUUGCAAAUCUAUCAAGUUUAUAAGUAUCCUAAGGGUUACUUAAAAUUGAGAUUCAAGAAAUUGGAUCAUGGCAUUAUACCAGGAAGUUUAAAGUCGAAAUUCAAAGAGGAAGAAACGAUGCAAGAUGACAGACGCGUUUCCGUGAUGCGUUAUUUCAGUAACAUUGCUGGUUACAAUGGGGUUUUUAUCAGCGGAGAUUAUCCUCACUGGAUAUUCCUGACAGGUCGCGGGGAAUUGCGAGCCCAUCCAAUGACAAUCGAUGGACCAAUUAAAUCUUUUGCUCCGUUUAACAAUGUUAAUUGUCCCCAAGGAUUUUUGUAUUUCAACAGAAAGGAGGAAUUGCGAAUUUGUGUUCUACCAACUCAUCUCUCGUACGAUGCGCCUUGGCCUGUGAGAAAAGUUCCUUUACGAUGUACUCCACAUUUUGUCACCUAUCAUCUUGAGAGUAAAACUUAUUGUGUAAUAACAAGCACAGCUGAACCUUUAAAAAGUUAUUACAGAUUUAAUGGAGAAGACAAGGAAUUCACAGAGGAAGAACGUUCGGAUCGAUUUCCAUUUCCAAUUCAAGAGCAAUUUUGUAUUGUACUAUUUUCACCGGUAUCGUGGGAAACAAUUCCAAAUACGAAAAUUGAAUUGGACCAGUGGGAGCAUGUUACUUGUUUGAAAAAUGUCUCGUUAGCCUACGAGGGAACAAGGUCUGGUCUCAAGGGUUAUAUUGUACUUGGAACAAAUUACAAUUAUGGAGAAGACAUCACCAGCAGAGGCCGGAUACUUAUUUUCGACAUCAUUGAGGUUGUCCCAGAGCCAGGCCAACCAUUGACAAAAAAUCGAUUUAAGCAAAUUUAUGCGAAAGAACAAAAAGGACCGAUUACUGCUAUCACUCAAGUCUCAGGCUUUUUGGUGUCCGCUGUCGGACAAAAGAUUUACAUUUGGCAAUUGAAAGACAAUGAUCUCGUGGGCGUUGCAUUUAUAGACACGCAAAUUUACAUUCAUCAAAUGUUGAGUAUUAAGAGUUUAAUUUUGAUUGCGGACGUAUACAAAUCAAUAAGUUUACUGAGGUUUCAAGAAGAGUAUCGAACUCUUUCACUCGUGAGUCGAGAUUUUCGACCUGCGGAAGUUUUCACGAUAGAAUAUUUAAUUGAUAAUAAUAAUUUGGGAUUCCUCGUCGCCGAUGGUGAAAGUAAUUUUGCCCUAUUCAUGUAUCAACCUGAAUCGAGGGAGAGUUUAGGUGGACAGAAAUUAAUUCGUAAAGCUGAUUUCCAUUUGGGUCAGAAGGUGAAUUCGUUUUUCCGCAUUAAAUGUAAAAAUGUCGAUGUCGCUAAUAAUAGAAAACAAAUAGUUGGCGCGGAUAAGAGGCAUAUUACUAUGUAUGCAACAUUAGAUGGAGGCCUCGGUUAUAUUCUUCCAGUUCCUGAGAAAACAUACAGGAGAUUGCUUAUGUUGCAAAAUGUAUUAUUACAGCACAUUUGUCAUAUCGCUGGUCUAAAUCCAAAAGCUUUUCGAACAUACAAAAGUUUUGUGCGACUACAAGGAAAUCCAGCAAGAGGCGUAAUUGAUGGUGAUCUAAUUUGGAAAUAUCUGAAUCUACCGUUUCAUGAAAAAUCAGAGGUAGCGAAAAAAAUAGGAACGCGAAUCCCAGAAAUCAUAGAAGAUAUAGAAGAAAUAAAUCGAUUGACAGCACAUUUUUAAUUGUUUCGCAUUUUCAAAAAGGAAAACAAAUUUAAUUAACGAAGAAGUGCCUCUAUUAUGAUUUGAAAUUCUAAUUAUAAUUAAUUAGUUAUAUUCAUUUAACUGUUUUGCUUUUUCUAAAAGAAGAAAUAAUUAAAUUUAAUUACAUAAGGCACCUAUAUUCAUUCCUGUUUUGACGUAAUAUAUAUUUAAAAAAAACAAUGUUUCGCGAAAAUCAUUUAUUUUUGUGUAAUAAAUUUUUCAUUAUUUUAUAGAUUUUUUUUUUGUAAAGAGUGAAUGAAAUUGAGAAAAUGAGAGACAAUGUGAUGUAAAUUUAUUAAUAUAACAUUAAAUAUAAAAUUAAAAAUUAAGUUUUUUAAUUCGAA